UUACCACAUCAAAUUGAUGUUAAGUCUGUUUGGUGCUCUGUGGCUCAACAUGUGUCGGUUUGGCAUUUUUAAUUUCAUGCUCUUGACACUUGCUGUUUCAGCAAAACACUUUUUUAGGGAGAGGUCAAGCUGUUACAAGCCGGUGCCAAGGAAACCUGGUUUUGGGGUGAGAACUGCAGCUCGUCCUCAUGAACUUCUAAACCUCGCUGAGCUGCCAAAGUCUUGGGACUGGAGGAACGUCAACGGCAUCAACUACGCCUCUACGACUCGUAACCAGCACAUCCCUCAGUACUGCGGCUCCUGCUGGGCUCAUGGCAGCACCAGUGCAAUGGCAGAUCGCAUCAACAUCCGGAGGAAAGGAGUGUGGCCAUCUGCUUAUCUGUCCGUCCAACACGUGGUGGACUGCUCUGACUCGGGCACCUGUCACGGAGGCGACCACCGAGGAGUGUGGGAGUAUGCCCACAAACAUGGCAUCCCUGAUGAGACCUGCAACAACUACCAGGCAAUUGACCAAAAAUGCAAACCAUUCAAUGCAUGUGGGACUUGCAUGACUUUCGGGCAGUGCUUCUCUGUGCAGAAUUACACUCUAUGGAAAGUAGGGGACUAUGGAGCUAUUAGUGGACGGGAAGACAUGAUGGCAGAAAUCUACACUGGAGGACCAAUCAGCUGUGGAAUCAUGGCCACAGAGAAACUCGACGCGUACACCGGGGGGCCGUACUGGGAGUACGUCGAGUCACCGUCCAUCAACCACAUUGUGACAGUAGCAGGCUGGGUGGUAGAAAACGGCACUGAAUACUGGAUAGUCCGCAACUCCUGGGGAGAACCAUGGGGUGAGAAAGGCUGGUUUAAGAUUGUGACAAGUGCCUACAAAGGAGGAAGCGGGAGCAAGUACAAUCUGGCUUUGGAGGAAGACUGCAUGUAUGGUGAUGUGAUUGUACCCUCAACCUACCUAUAGAAAUCAAGUACUGUGUGUAAUUAUAUUUGACCCAAUUUAUAAAUCGACCAUAAUUUAGAUGCACAGUACACUGACUGUUUUACAUAAGAGUUCACAACUAAGACGUCAGUGCUCACUCGGCUCAAAGACUUUGUCUGUUGGCCCAAUUUGCACCCACUCAAUUCAACUAGAAUUGGUCAAUUUUUCAAGCCAGUGAAAUAAAAUAACUGUAAACUCUUUAAA